UGUAAGCCUACGUAACUUCAUCGUAGCAGAUAAUAACCGCAAUCGUCUCCUUAAAGUGGCCUUUUCGCCAAGUAAACCCCAAUUCUUCUUCGGUUCUCUGCUUACUCUUCCUCUAGAUUCAUCGUUUUCCCCUAUCAAUCUUUAACGAUGGUGCUCGAGGCGACCAUGAUCUGCAUCGACAAUUCGGAAUGGAUGCGAAACGGAGAUUACUCUCCCAGCAGAUUUCAAGCCCAAGCCGAUGCUGUUAAUCUUAUAUGCGGAGCUAAAACACAGUCUAAUCCAGAGAAUACGGUGGGAGUUCUCACCAUGGCGGGAAAGGGUGUACGGGUUUUGGUCACUCCUACUAGUGACCUGGGCAAGAUCUUAGCUUGCAUGCAUGGCUUAGAAAUCGGUGGUGAGAUGAACCUCGCUGCUGGUAUCCAGGUUGCACAAUUAGCACUUAAGCAUCGCCAAAACAAAAAGCAGCAACAAAGGAUUAUUGUCUUUGCCGGAAGUCCUGUCAAACAUGAGAAGAAGUUGUUGGAAAUGAUUGGAAGGAAGUUAAAAAAGAAUAGUGUUGCCCUUGAUAUUGUUAAUUUUGGUGAAGAAGAUGAUGGGAAGAAAGAAAAGCUGGAGGCACUUCUUACUGCUGUGAACAACAAUGAUACCAGCCACAUUGUCCAUGUCCCUUCUGGUCCAACUGCUCUUUCUGAUGUGCUAAUAAGUACGCCAAUCUUCACUGGGGAUGGUGAAGGUGGAAGUGGCUUUGCUGCAGCCGCUGCGGCCGCUGCAGCCGGUGGUGUUUCUGGUUAUGAUUUUGGUGUGGAUCCGAAUUUGGAUCCUGAGCUUGCUCUUGCUCUAAGAGUUUCAAUGGAAGAGGAGAGGGCUCGACAAGAAGCUGCUGCUAAAAAAGCUGCAGAAGAUGCUGCUAAACAGGAAAAAGGAGGCGAACUGCAAUCCAGCUCACAGGAUGCAACUAUGACUGAAAAUACUACUAGUGUUGCAGCUUCUCAAACUGACAAUAAGAGAAAUGAUCUCUCUGCUGACGUGGAUAACGCGUUGCUAGAACAGGCCCUUGCAAUGUCAAUGGAUGACCCCGCCACUAGUCAUGACAUUCGAGACACUGAUAUGUCAGAUGCUGUUGCAGAUGAUCCAGAGCUGGCAUUGGCUCUUCAAUUGUCUGUGCAGGAAAGUGCAAAAGAUUCAGCAAACCAGGCAGAUGUGAAUAAGCUGUUGGGUGACCCAUCUUUCAUGUCCUCCAUCUUUGCAUCUCUUCCUGGUGUUGAUCCAAAUGAUCCAUCUGUCCAAGAUUUGCUUGCUUCCAUGCAAGGCCAGUCCGAGUCCCAACAGAAGAAUAAUGAAGACAAGGAGCCAAAUGUAGAGGAGAAAUGAUGGUCAUCUGGAGUUCUUCUUCCAAUUUGUGGUCCAGUCCUUUCUAGUUGGCCAUUUUACCAACCGUUCAUUACUUCUAUAUUGAAGAAUCCUGAAUCAGGUUUGGUGGUUCUUCAAUGUGGCCUUUGAAGAUUCAUUGUCUUGACUUUUUAUCUUUCUUGAAAGGGCUUUAGAAGAGCAGACGUCAUUGUAGUGACAACUAGUAGCAAUCUCCAGACUUACAUUAAGUAUUUAAUAUUUCUCAACUGAAGAUUGAAUGUCUUUCUGUGAUUUUAUGGAAGUGCACGUAUGGUAAUAAUAGUACAAGUAAACAACGCUCUCCGGAGUUUGUUUUCGGAAA